GGAGUUACACUAAUACCAUGGAUACGGAACGCUUAUGUUUUCUUAUAAACAAUAUUUUACCGUGAAAGUAUUAAGUUGUAAUAUUUGGUUGAUUAAAUUUGGUUGAUUUAUGCAAGAAAAACGACAAAAGAUUUCUUGCUCUGAGUUCGUUUGAAAGAACAUAAGCAAACGCAGUCUUUUUUAUAUAAAAAAAGUGUUAUCUUUCCCGGGUUGCUGAUUAAGUUUACUUCUUGUGAAUUUUUUGUAUAUUAACAAGGAAAGACACAAACCAAAAUGCCAAUCGGACCUCUCGGAGAAAUUUUAGGUACCACAGGUACUCUGGAUACACUCAGUGAAAAAGCGAAAAACUAUAAAAGUAAAGUUAUCGCUCCCAGAAAUCCUAAACUUGUUAGAGAAGGAGAGGAUGAAUUUAAAAUGAAACCAUCACAAUUCAUGUUCACAAUGGCAAUGGAUACAAAGGAAAGAUUACAAAAUAUGCAUACGAUGAAAGUUCCUCCAAAGAUUGAAUUAUUAGAUAUGUCUGAAACAACUCAUCAAAAGGUUUCAACGGUUAAUAUUGAUGAACCUAUCUUUCAACCUUUUCCUUCGGAGGUUAUAUUUCAAAAUUUCACACCAGGAGAUUCAUAUGAAAUUCCACUUAUUUUACGAAAUAAUGAUAAGGUUCCAAGGCUUGUUAAGGUUACUUGCGUCGACUCUCCAUAUUUCAAAAUAAUUAGUCCAAACAACGUCGGAGAUAAAGUGGGCGCUGGUUUACCAACAACCUUUCAGAUACAAUUUUUUCCAGAACAAAAUGUAGACUACCGACACGAAUUAAUAUGCGUUACUGAAAGAGAAAAGUUUAAAGUUCCGAUAAGAGCAAUUGGAGCGAGAGCUAUGCUUGAUUUCCCCGAUGAAAUUAUAUUCCCGAAAGCUCCUGUUAAAUAUUCAUCUACUCAAACUAUACUUGUAAGAAAUACUGGAAAGAAAUCAGCUAAUUUCUCCCUAACAACUGAGGCGCCUUUUUCCGUAUCACCAACCUACAGUUCGUUAGAUGUUAAUGAAAGUAUGCAGAUAGAAAUUUAUCACAAAUCAAAUUCAAUUGGAGAUAGUGAAGGAGAAUUGAUACUUUCCUAUGAUACAGGAGAGGAAUUGUAUAUAUGUCUUAAAGCUCAGUCGGAGGCAUCCAUGGUUCGAUUGGAUAAGAAUUUAAUUCGAAUCGAAAAAACGUUUAUAACCAUGGCCAAUCAAAGGACUAUCACAAUUUCUAAUAGAUCGAAUGUUAUUGCGAAUUUCCGGUGGACUGCCUACUUUAGUGAGGAUGAGGAAAGAUCGGAGAAGGAGAAAUGGGCGAUGUUACUGCAAUCGGAAGAGAGUAAGGAGAGAGAAAGAUGGCAUGAGGAAAUUGAUACGGAUCCCUCACUAAAGGACAAGCUAGCGUGCCUCUCUCGCAGUAUCCUUAAUAGGAAAAGAAUAAUCGAGAACGACGAAAUGCUUUAUGUCGACGACGUACUUAAAGUUGAACCCGUUAAAGGUGAAAUAUGGCCAAACUCGAGUGCCGAAAUAACAAUUACUUUCAAACCGGAAAGGGCUGAGAUUUAUUCAAGACCCCUUUUCUGCGAUGUAACUGGUAGGGAACAACGAUUGGGUCUGAAAGUUAUUGGAGAAGGAGUAGGUCCUAACGUUGAAUUGUCUUUCGAGAAAUUGGAUGUUGGUAAUAUAUUUAUUGGAUCCAGCCAUUCCUAUGAAGUCAUUUUGGCGAAUAAAGGAGAUAUUGAUGCUAUUUAUACUAUUGAGGAAUCUAAGAGCAAAUUCGGAAGAUUAUUUAGCUUUAAUCCAAUGGAGGGCAUCGUUAUGCCAAAUGGUCAUCAAGCUAUUGUUAUCAGUUUUUCAUCAAUGAAUCUGGGCGAUUUUAGAGAAAUUUUCACCUUUCAAAUUGAUGGUUCGAACGAUCCUUUACAAUUAGUUGUUGAGGGUUCUGUUAUUGGACAAACGUUUAAUUUUGACAAACCAAGUUUGGACUUUGGCCUAGUUUCAUUUGGGUUCAAAUAUUCGCAAAAAGUUGUGUUGGAUAAUACAUCAUUGGUUCCCAUGACUUAUAAAUUGAGAAUUGCCGAAGAUGGUACAAGUGACGCUGUUGAAGCCACAAAUAAAUAUGCAAUUUUAACUUUCGAUACCAAGUCGAAUGAACCUUUAAGAGAGUUUUGGAUAACUCCGGCCAAAGGGACGAUAAGAGCUUUGGGCCGUCAGGAAAUAACUGUUACAAUGUGCUCAAAUACAGUUAAACCAUACGAGUAUCACCUAAUCGUUGAUGUUGAGAGAGUAGGAGAAGAUAUACUCCAUAUACCAAUUACUGCCGAAUGCUUAGUACCGAAUGUUAUGCUACUAACGCCAAUUCUGGAAUACGGAAGAUGCUUUCUACGUCAUCCUUAUGAGCAUCACGUUAUAUUGAAAAAUGACAGUGAUCUUCCAGCUGUUUAUGACUUAUUACCGCAAAAGAAAAUGUCAAUUGGAAAUCAAGAUGAUGAUGAAGAAUAUUUUCCCUUGACUUAUACAAGUCCCAAUCCAAAAGCUGUUAUUGAACCUCAUACCACUGUUGAAAUACCAUUAAUCGUCACUCCUCAGGAAUUGGAAGAGAUAUGCGUCAUCUCUAAUUUUAUGAUUUUUGGAGACCCUGACAAUCUUCUGAAUGUACAAAUUGAUUGUAUAGGAGAGGGACCAGUUGUACAUAUUUCUCCUCUAAGUUUGGAUUGGGGAACGAUACCUGUUCUGAAAAAAAUUGAAAAAACGAUUACACUAUCUAAUGAAAGUUUAAUUACUGCAAAAUUUUAUGGCCAGAUGGUAAUGAGAAUGAGUCCAAAGCAGUUUAGCGCUUGGGAAGUUUCUCCUGAAAAGGGAGAGGUUCCUCCUCAAUCAACAAUCGAAUUAACCUUAACAGCCUGCUUGAAUGAUUGUGUACCAUUCAACGAUAGUCUUCAUCUAUGCAUAGAAGAUGGACCAAGCCCAAAAAUACCAGUUCAAGCUACAGGCUUUGGAACAACAAUAGUUGUUGAUCCUCCAAUUUGUCCCAGUUUAAACUUGGGUCCAAACUUUUGUUCGGAUAUAUCCUUGGCUACUGGAAAACCUGUACAGAGAACCUUCAGAUUAACUAAUGCUGGAAGAAGGCAUCAAACUCUAAUAUGGAGUACUGAUGGUUUUAAUUAUAUCAAACCCGUCAGUAAGGCCUACAGACCUCCAGAAUAUUUGGAUAAAGACGUUAAAUUUAAAAAUAAACCACCACCUCCGCCACCACCACAACCCGUUUUUAAAUUUUCUCCCCAUAGAAUGGACCUAGAACCAGGUGAAAGUAUAGAUAUGUUCAUGGAGGGAACAAUUUCAGAACCAAAGACAAUCAAGGAGAAGUUGCUUUGUCAUGCAAUCAUCGGGAAAAGAGGCGGAAAGGAACUAAUUCUGAAAUCAAAUAUUAUUUGCGAAUUUAUUGCUCCUCUCGUUAAAUUUUCAACGGAUAGAAUUGAAUUCAGAAUAGAUAAAUCUACCGAUGAUGAACUUGCCUCUGAGAGGAAAACGUUGAUUAUGGAAAAUACUUCAAGUUUACCUUUGAAUAUCAGUGUGAAAAUAGCUUAUCCUUUCCAGUUGGUUGGAGAAGAUGAACUUCUUUAUUCCGAAAGAAAAAUCAAUUUGGGUCUAGGAGAAUCAAAAUGUUUAACAGUAAACUUUGAUCCUUGCUUUGAAGAGGAUCUUCAUAUUAGAAGUGUGGCUGAAGAAAUGAUAAUUACAUAUGAUGAACAUCCUCAUAUUGACAAAGUAGAAUUGAAGGGCGAAGUUAACUUUGCAAAUUUGGCUUUUGAAAGACAAGUAAUCGAUUUUGGAUGUAUCCUUAAUGAUACGGAAGUAACUAGAUAUGUAAAUAUGACAAACGUAUCUCCUAUGAUCGUAAAUUAUAAGUGGGUGUUUUUAUUUGAUGAUGAUACAUCUAUUGGAUAUAUUGAACCACCUCGUCGACUUACUCCUUCACCCAUAGAGGCUUUAGAAGAUGCCCAGGAGCAAGCUCCAAUCGAUGAUUGCGAAGACGAUAAGAUAAUGCCAGAAGAAGAGCCUGUUUUUGAUAACGAUUAUCGCCCUCAAUCAAAUCAAGAAGUACCACAAUUGGAACUUGAAGGAGAAGCAAUAUUGGUACCAACUCCACGUUCUAAAUCUUCAUCAAGUAUGAAAAGAUCUGUUGCUGAGCGGUCAUCAUCUGCCGCAGUUUCCAUCAAAGAUGCUCCAGAUAUUCACGAUAUUGAUGAAAGAGCUCCUACUCCCGUUCCUAGAACACCUACUCCCGAAGUUAACCCCGUCCUGGAUUCUAUACUGAAUACAAAUGAUGAGUUUAAAAAAGAUCUUGGCUUGGAGGAAAUCUUUGACAUUCUUCCACUUUACGGUUCAAUAAAGCCAGGAGAUACUGAACAAGUAACCCUAACCUUUUUCGGGCAUGGAGAUAUAAGCUGCAGAGCAAAAGCAUUAUGUAUCGUUGAAGGAGGACCAACUUAUGAGCUUCAAUUGAAUGGAGAAGCUUCACUUAUAUCUUAUUCCUUCGAUUGCCUUGAUAUCGAUUUCGGGAAACAGAUGUAUAACGAAGUAGCAAGGACUGAAAUUAUUUUACAAAACACUGGAAGAGUCGGAUUUGAAUAUCAAACAAUAGGCGUAGACGAAUCAAUGGUAAAAAGACCACCACCAUCCACGCCAGUCCUUUCUCCGCCUAGUGGCUAUAUAGAACCCUGCUCCUCGAAAACUUUAUCUGUUCUUUUCUUACCUGGUAUUCCAUCGAAAUUCCAGCAAACAUUCCAAAUACAAAUUGCCCAUCUUGAACCGGAAACUGUAAAUAUCUAUGCAGAAGGUGUCUUUCCAAGAGUAUCCGUCGACUUACCCAAGCAAAUAAAUGAUAAGGAGAAAUAUGAUGAUUACUAUAAGCUAGCAAGCUCCAAUUUGGAAGCGCAGACUUUCGAAUUUCAAAUGAUUCAGAAGGAAGAUGACAGUGCUUCUCUUAUUCACUUGCAAGAAUCGAAUCUAACCGAUCUUGACAUUCAAAUGGAAAUAGAACGUCUAGUUGUUGAAGAUUUUGCCACAGAUCAAUAUAAGAAACUAUCUCGUUCUACAACAAACGUUUUAACUCUCGAUCCAACUCCACCGGCUCAGUCUCAGGAGAGUUCUCGUAGUAGUCGGAGUCGAAAACCCAAAUUGGAAAAGCCGCUUUUACCCGAAUAUUUACUUGAUUUUGGCUACGUUAUUUUGGGAAGAAUAGAGCAAAGAGUUGUAAGAGUUACAAAUAGCGGUUACUUUCCGGUUUCAUUCAAAAUAGAUGAAUCAAAUCUAAGUCCGAAAGGAUUUAAGGUAGAUAAUAGAAUAGUAAGAAAUAUUCCAGGAGCCCCUGAUCACGAAUGGAUAGAUAUACAAGUGACGUUUGAUCCCAGAGCUGCAAAUUUAGACUUGGGACUAGUAGAAGGCCAGAUCUUACUAAAUAUUGCUCAUGGUCCAAACGUCCUUAUUGUUGCCAAGGCCAGCGUAACAAUGCCCGAUUUAAAAUUAUCUGCAGAUGUUCUUGACUUUGAAAAUGUCCUUUGCGGUCAAUGUAAAGUCAUUACAGUACAAUUGCACAAUGCCGAACACGUUGCUUGUGAAUGGAGUGCAUAUCCAGCAGAAAAGAAAGAUGAAAGAAAAUCACAUAGGCAUGUUCCCAUGCAUUUGAGAAGAAAAAUUCGAAAUGAACCGAAAAAACCUCCUACUUUUGAAAUGAUUCCUCCUUUCGGAACAAUUGAACCAGGUCAAAGAUAUAAUGCCCAACUAAAAUUUAUGCCGUGUGACGAAAAAGAUUAUGAACAGAGAAUUGUAUUCAAAUUAGAACAAAGUUCCAAAAAAGCCAUGCUUUUAGCUAAGGGUAGAGGAUUGGAACCUAAAAUAGAAUUCUCUAAAGCCUUGAUACACUUUGGUCCUAUUUUACCCCAUUCUAGUGGGGAUGAACAAGAUGUCGAGGUUAAAAAUCCUUGCGAUUUCCCUAUUGAAAUUUAUAAUUUGGAAUAUGAUAAAAUUUAUCUACAAGACGAGAAAAUACUUCGUUUACAACAAGGCUAUGAUGAAUACGAAACUAUCCUUUUGCCACCAAGAGAACAUGGCGAAAAAUUGCCCUUAGAAUUGACAGAGUAUUAUGAUAACCAAAUGAAAAAAUUGGAAGAAGCUGAUAAAGCUAGAAAGGACGCUCAGGAAAGAGCUGCAAUGGCUGAAGAGGAUAAAGAAGAAGCUUCCCCUGAGGCUGGCGGAGAAAAGCAAGCCGAUCAAAAACCUAAAGAUGAUAAGGAUAAGAAAGGAAAGAAAAAAUUAAAGAGUGUCAGUGACAUUAAGAGUAUUAGGAGUUCUGAAGAGGAGAAGAAAGAUAGUGUUGAAGAAACGAAGAAAACUGCCGAUGAUAAAGAAGGUCUACCAUCCAGACCAAUGACAUCAGUGACGGCAGUUGAAAGUCUGACUCACGGAAAAAGUGAUGAAUUCGAAGAAACAGCAGUAACUAAAGCUCUAAGCCGUCACCUUGGCAUUGAUCUUUCCAAAGAAGGUAGAGCUAAUAGAAAUAGGAGAGGAAUUGCCAUUAUAGUCCAUGGAGCUCCACUUUCAGGAAAAUCAUCAACCGCAACAUGCCUUGCUAGAAAGUACGAGGCAGCAUUAAUAAGUAUUGAUCAAGUUAUCAUGGAAGCUAUUGCUCAAGGAAACAGUCCCCAUGCCUUGAAAGCCAGAGAACUUUGCCAACAAGCGGCUCAAGCUGAAGCUCUAAGACUAGAGGCCGAAGCUAACGCUGAUAAAACAACAGCCGGCGCUGGAUUAUCAAUGGAGGCUGUUGCUGCUCACACAGUUCAACAAGUAUCCAUAGGUCAAGUUGCGAUGGCUCAUGUUGCUGCUCAAAGUAUCGUCUCCGGACAGAAGAGUACGAUUUUAACCGAAAAGGGUAAAAGGGGUACAGUUAAUUCUAAGGGAGCCGGAACUGGCCAGCAACAACAAGGCGCUGAAAGCAGUAGUCAAGUUCCUUCUUCUCCUCAACCUUUACCUGGACCAAUUGCCAGAAAGUUAAGCAUUAGUGCAAGUGUUGUUGGAGAUGAGGGCGUACUAAGUACCGUCCUACCAGAUGAUGUCGUUGUUAAUAUAUUAUCAGAUCGACUUAUGCUCACUGAUUGUCAGAAGGGAAUUGUAUUUGACGGACUGGAAACACUCUUCUGCCAAAAUAUGGUGUCGGCUUGCUUGAAUGUUUUGAAAGCAAUUAAUAAUCGCAAAUAUCUAUAUUUCGUUACUCUUAAGCAUACCUAUCAAAUGCUUAAGGAGACAAAGAAGAAAUGCGAGGAGGAGAGGGCAAAGAGAGCUAAGGAAAAGGAAGAUGAGGAGCAAAGAAGACUUGAAGAAAUGUCGGAAGAUGAAUAUGACGCUCUAAAUGAAGAAGAGAAAGCUGCAAUUGAUCAAAAAAGACUUGUAAUAAAGAAAGAACGUUUAAGAAAGGAGAGAGAACGUCUAGAGAAGGAGAAGAGGGAAAGAGAGGAAAGAGAAGCAGAAUUAAGAAGAAUAGAGGAGGAAAAUAAAAAGAAAAAGAAAAAGGGUGGUAAAGAUGCUAAGGACGAUAAAGAUGCUCGAAAGGGAAAAGUCGAAUCAUCCAAGUCUCAAGAGCGAAUAAAGGAUCUGAAAUCUCAAGCCGGAUCCAAAGCUCAUGAUGAAAAAGCAGAAAGGCCAACUUCACAACAAACUGAAAGAAUGGAUUCUGGCGAUGCUGAUGUUAAAAAGAAGAAAUCUAAGACUUCUACUAAUCAAGCCCCAGAUAAACGACCCGGUACCAAUGAAGGAAGAGAAUCACCUCUCCAGCCUGUUGAACAAGAGCUUUCACCCAAAGAAAUAAAAGAAAGAGAAGCCGACCUACUUUUACAACAACGAUUCAGAACCUUUGAAGUUUGCUUUAAGGAUAUAACAGAAAAGGUUGACUGUUGGGAUCGAACAAAGGGUGUUAUUCGACCUCCAACACCUGAUCCACAUAUGACACAGGACGAGUCAAUAGCUCAUCCGCCAUCGGGUAAGAAAGGAAAGAAGAAAGAUCGUUCAAGAACAGUUGCCGAAAAGGUUCCUCCCAAGGACACUGAAAUAAAGGAGGGUCAGGAUCAUCAGUCUCACGAUGGAACUGAUUCUCAUGCAGAUAUGACUGAGGAAGAAAAGAAAGAAAAGAAACUAGAAGAAGGUAUUGGUAUGCCCUCUUGCCAGAUGGAAUUCCUCGAAAACGGGAAGUGCAUUGCCGAUAGAGUUCUUGAAUGGGAAAAGUGGCCAAGCAAGAAUGAGAUUUUGGACGGACUUGGUUUGGGUCCUAAUGGACCAGCUAUUCCACCGGCCACUCUAUUUUCUGUUGUACCAUAUCCAGUUAAGAGAACUGCUCCACCAGGAGCGGAUCAAGGAAAUUACAUAUUUGUCGCAUCUUCUUCUGAUGAUCCGAACGUCAUUACCGAAAGAUCUCAAGAAGAAACCACUGAGGAUACUGAUAAACCAAUGACUCCUGAACCGAUUAAGACGGAUCGUGAGACUGGAACAAAAUCAAGAAAAUCCAGAAAGGAUAAAGAUACUUUAGACACAGACGAACCGAAGAAAGGCAAAAAGAGAAAUACUAGUGCAAAAAAGAACAGAAGACCAUCCACUCAAGGAUUAAGUGUAUCUCCGUCUGCUACUCCUACAAUGUCGGAGGCAGAUAGUCAAAUUGAAAAUCCCAACACUGCUGAAUCCAGAACGCCCAAGUUGAAUAACUUCCGUUGGAUAAUACCUCCAAAAGGAAAGGUGAAUUUGAGAAUUCGCUUCAGAACUGAAGAACGUGGUCAGUUCGAUCAAACAUUGAAUUUUGAAAUUGUUGGAACCAGACGAAAGUACUCUCUAUAUUGCAGAGGUGUAACGGAUUAUCCAACAAUCUGUAGAGAGCCACGUGUUGUUUUUCCUUCUCGAUUAAAGAGCAAAAAACCUGAUGAAGUUGUCACUAAAAAGUACAUAUUAUCGGCAGAAACCUUUGAAUUUGGUCCUCUUUUGGCCGGAAAAUCUAGAGAACGAUACAAAGAAGGACGUUAUCCAGAGAAUAUGGAGAUAUUGACAAUUUCUAAUACUUCCCCAAUGUUUGCCCAAGUUUCUUUCUGUUUUAGGUAUGACUCAAAAGCUGAUACCUAUUUAUUGGAUCCUCCAACUAUGGAAUUAAAACCUGGAGCUAGUCAAACUCUCUGUAUUUGGGCCUAUCCUAAAGAGAAAGGAGAAUUCCGCGAUGAACUGGUUUGCUGUAUACGCGAUAAUCCUGAACCAGUUAGAUUCAAGUUGCUCUGCUACGGAGAAAGGCCAGAGUUGGAGAUUGAGAAAAAAUCAAUACAGUUCGAAAGAGUUCUCUUGCACAGAAGAGAUGACAAGACAAUAUUCUUGAGAAAUAUGACAAGACUACCAGUUAAAUGGCGUUUAAGCGGUCUAGAAACCCUUGGAGAUGAUUUCUCCGUAUCCCAGGCAGAGGGUAUUAUUGAACCAAGAGGAAAUUUCACUCUGGUUGCAUACUUUAGAGCAUUGAAAGCGGUCGUCACAACAAAAAAGUCAAUUAGAUUAGAGGUAAUGGAUGUUGAUAAUAUUAUUGGUCUAGUACAAACAGAGAAUAUUCAAGUACAUGCCGAAGCUUAUGAUGUUGCUUUGGAUGUAAGUUUUCCCAAAGGAACAGAAGGUGGACUUGACUUUGAAACAAUAAGAGUUAACGACGAAAUGAAACAAACUUGCACACUAAAGAAUAAAGGAAAAUACGAUAUUGAAUACGAAUUUAUACUUCAAAAAACACCGAAAUGUCCACCGGAAGUAUGCAAUUAUUUCAAUAUUCAACCGCCAAAGGGUCGACUCACUUCGUCUGAUAGACCUGCCCAAGUUCAAGUAACUUUCAAGCCACCAAAAGAAAUUAUAAUUCAAGAAGAAAGUAUCCUUUUAUGUAAAAUUAUUGAACCAAACGUCGUAAAAGGAGGUGAACCAAUAGCUCACAUACCGAUAAGAAUAUCUGCAAAGAGCGUUUAUUCUAAAUAUACAAUCUCUCCAACGGGCGAUAUCAAUUUUGGAUCUAUGAAUAUUAAUUCAAAGAAGACAAGAACGUUUACGAUAAAGAAUGAUGGUGAUAAGUUCGAAUUUAAAUUCCAAAUAAUGAGAAUGUCAAAGAUUGAUUCGCAAGCUCCAUCCAACUCAGUUGGUCCAAAACCUGAUACUAAAAAAGUAAGCAGAAAGGAAAAAUCGAGAGAAGGUUCUGGCUCUGGAAAAUCAGCCGUUAGGGCUAGCAAACGUGCCGAUUCUGUUAGAGAUACAACAAACGCUGCAACCAUGGCUGCGGGAUCUUCAAGAUUACAAGUUGGACCUUUUGUUGUUUUACCGGCUAGCAUGACAGUUUUACCCGGUGGUCAAGCUUCCAUCACAGUUGAAUGUCAGCCGGAUCAAGAAGGAAAAUGGGAAGAGGAACUGGCAAUUGAUAUUUCUGGAAGAAACCCUAAGCACCAUCCAGAUGGUGUCUCGUAUACUUUAAUUUCCGAGGCAUGCGUACCAGAUAUAUCAGGUUUGCUGAAAGGAGUAUCAUUUCAUUCUUCGACCAUUUUUGAAGAGCAUCUCAUUUGCAAGAAUUUGUCUCAUUGGUCUCAUAUAAAUAGUAAUUUGGACGUUAAUGGAAUAUAUGGAGAAGAUGAAAAGAAAUUCUUGUUCCUUAACGUUUUAGUUGGAAAUCGCUGCUCAGCUCGCUUUAAGUUUAUAAAUCUCUCUAAAGUUCCUUGCGAUGUUUCCUUCUCCGUAAAGCAAGCUAUCACCAAGGCAACUUCGAAGUAUUCCGACGUCUUUGAAAUUGAACCAACUAGAGCUCAGAUUCCCGUACACGGAUUUCAAUAUGCAACAGUUACUUUCUGUCCUCCAUCUAUGCAACACUUUAACGCUACUUUUGAAGCUGUUUUAGAGAAUGCAGUAACCAGCGGCCAGCAGAUGAAAGCCAAAAGUCUAUCUUUCGAAGUUUCUGGCGAAGGCAAUCUACCAAGAAUCACAGUUCUCAAACCAAGUGUUCGCAAUAAGAAGGGACAACCGCUUCUUCUAUUCCAGAGAAUUCUUAUAUCACGUUCUCAACGUCUGCCCCUUGUCAUAUCGAACGAUGGAAGUUUACCAGCAAAAGUACAUAUAGAUCUUAUUGAUCCUGACGAUGUAUUCACAAUGAAAUCAGGACCUGACUCUAAUGCACUAUUAGAAUAUUUAGUUGACUCUGAUGGAGAGAGACAACGUCGACCGCAUACAGCAUCCUUGGUAAUUAACCAAUCAGAGGAGAGUUCCUUCAGCGUCUUUUACACGCCGAAAAAAGCAAUCAGAUCGCAAGCACACCUAAAAAUUUCAGUUGUUAACAAUCAAUACGAAGACUCCAUCAUCCAGCUUGUCGGAGAGGGAUUUGUAGCUCCCGUAACUCUGGAUAAUAUAUCCGACAGUUUUGCUCCAACUGAACCAGAAUUGCAGGAAGGUUCAAUGGCCGACGAUGACGUCGCCGCAGCUAAUGAUACACAUAUGUAUUUCGGACAUUUGAACGUAGAAGAAUCCAGAACAAUGAGAUUUACAAUGACGAAUCACGAAGAAGCCUGCUUCCGCUUCGUUUGGCCAACUGGAGAAAAUCACCUUACUUUCGUUCCUGCAAUUGGUCAUUUACAUAGUGGAUGUCAGAAGGAUGUUACUGUUACUUUCAAAUCUAAUGAACCAGUAACAGUAGAACAAACAAACAUAUCUUGCAAGAUGACAAAGAUUACUUUUGACAAACCAGUCAACGAAGUACAAGAUUGGGACGAUAGGACUAGAAGUGUUAAGUGGGUUGAUGCAGGAUCAGCUCCGCCAACAUCCACAAGUUCUAAACCAACUACACCAGCUCCCCCACAAACGGCACCUCGACCAGCGAAGAAGAAAAUUAUAGAAUCAGAGCCUGAACCUACUUUUACGGAAGUUGCCGAAAGUUCAUCUACUGUUGAUCUAACUAUUUCAGCUAUAUGCGACUACAACAAAUUUAAAUGUAAGACCGAAUCAAUACACUUCCGGGAGACCCUAAUGUUCCAAACUCGGGUAUUUGAACUGGUUCUUAGCAACAAAGGUGUUAUUAACAUGGAUAUAUCUUGGCAAAUUUUAAUGGAGGAAGCAUCAAGAGGAGUUACACCAACGGCAAAGCUCAGGGAGAAUUGCGAAGAUUCUCCAAGAUCCUCAAUUUUGAGCGAUAUCGCAUACUCUCCCUUCACAGUAAAUCCUGAACAUACUGUAAUUGGUCCUGGAAAGAAAGCGUCUUUUACUAUCAAGUUUGCUCCUCUGGACGUUAACGACUAUGAAGCAAGACUGAUUGGUUCGAUUCCAAAUUUGGAAGUAGGAAAAUUUGGACCAGUUGUCGGACUUCGCGCCCGUAGCCUUAUGCCAUAUAUUCACUUCGAACUUGAGGACAGCGAUUAUAUCAAAGCUGCUCGCCGAGAUCCAAAAUUGCGUGGACCAAAUGACGCUCCUGCCGGAACUACUUUGGAUCCUAACACUCGAGUUAUUGAGUACAAUGUUAUUGGUUUGGGAGUUACUGAAGUUAGAAAGUUCACCUUUGUCAACCCAACCAGCAAAAAUUUCACAUUUGAUUGGACUAAUGAAGAUAUUCAAGAUACCAAAAUUGAACCAAACUUUUCGUGCCUAACUCCUUAUGGAAGAUUAAAUAGUGGAAAGAAGGGAGAGUGUGCAUUCCAAUUUAAAUCCACAGAUUUAGGUUUAAUUGAAAGCUUCUGGAAGAUAAACGUUACAGAAUACCCGACCGGUAAUACAAAGGAUACACCUGUAGAAGUAUCGGUACCUUUCCUUCUAGUUGCAAACGUAAGAGAACCGAAUGUUACAUUUAAUAAAUCGCAUGUAAAUUUCAAGAGUUUAUUAAUCGGACACGAAGCCACUGAAACAAUAUAUUUAAUAAAUGGUGAGGAGGAAGCUUUUGACUUCAUCUUUGAAGAAUCAUCACUUAGAGCUCCUGGUUUUAAGAAUGUUCUUGAGGUACAUCCUCAGUUUGGUAGGAUAGAGGGAAGAGGAAGACGAGAGAUAACCUUAAAAUUAGUUGUUAGCAACGAAAAAGAAGUGAAUUUUAACUGUAGAUGUAAAGUUGUUGGAAUGAAAUUACCUUUGCACUUGAAUGUGAAAGCCGAAGGUUAUGCAAUGAACGCUCUAGUCUUCUGUGAGGAUUCAGUCGGUAAUAAGAUAGAAUUUAAAGUAGGAGGAAAGAACAUUGUCGAUUUUGGAGAUGUUGAAGUGAAAGAGAAGGCGAAUCGUAACGUUUAUAUUGUUAAUGCCGCAAAAUUCAAUACCGACUUUGAUUGGGAGCAGAAAGGUGCUAAGAACCUCCUUUCAAUUAGUCCACAAAAGGGUGGAAUCAACUGUGGAGAUAGACAAUUGUGUAGAUUAACCGUCCAGCCUAACAAACCGGGUGAAAUAAGAUCUGAUUUAACACUAAAUAUCCAACAUGGACCAUCUUUUAAAAUUUCAGUUAUGGGCAAUGCAAGACUCCCCGGUUUACAGUUUUCUUUUACUCAUUAUAAUUUUGGUCAUGUUCCAACCCAGAGAGCAGGAUUCCCACCAGCUAUAGUCCAAUUGGAAUUACGUAAUACAGAUAACAAGGAAAUGAGUGUCGAGUGCCUAUACGAAUCUAACUCAUACUUGGAGCACAAUUUUAAAUCUUCAAUAGUCCUGCAAAAACAAUCGAAGACUCACGUGACUUUUGAAUUCUCUCCUCUGGAGGCUAUCAAGUACACGGAAAAUGUUGUCUUCCGUGUUAAUGGACUUUGCGAAAGUACUGUUCAAUUAAUUGGAAUUGGUUGUAACUUAAAGGUAGAAGUGGCGAAUCCUAAUGAUCGUAGGAUUAGAUUGGGUUCGAAGAGUCUAAGAGUAGGUGGUCAAGUGUCAAAAAUCAUACCAAUCGUUAAUAGAACGCAGAUCGACGUGGAUGUACAACUCGUCUUUAAUCCAUCGUCUAAGAUAUUACAGAGUACCGGAGCUAUUUCAAUGCAUCCAAAAGAAAAAUUCAGAAUGGCUAAGAAUGGUGGCACGGCUAAAGUCCAUCUAGUCUUUAAUCCGAGGUGUAGAAUCCCUAAUUUCACGGAGGAAAUUCUAAUUGAAUUUGAAAAGAUACAGCAGCCGCUCUUUGCUAUAUCAGGCGUUUGUCAUGGAAUAGAGAUAGCUCUUGAUAAUGAUUCAAUACCAUUCGGUGCCGUGACAAAGGAUAGUUGGUCAUCACGUAAAUUACUAUUGAUAAACGACGGUGAUAUUGGAACUAAAUUCGAAUGGGAUAUUAAAAAGUUUGGUCCCGACUUUUCUAUUACGCCAGUUAAAGGCGAUAUCUUCCCUGGAAUGAAAGUACCAUUUGAUGUUCGUUUUCAUCCUACAAAAGUUAGCUCGGAUCUAAGGUAUGACAAGCUCAAAUGUUCCAUUGAAGGAGCUUCGCCACUAAUGUUAACUUUAACCGGAACUUGCGUUGCUGUAAUGCCUGCAAGAGAGGUUAUUACUUUAUCAACAAAUGUUAGACGGGUAGAAACAAAGAACAUCUCAAUUAGAAACAACUCAAAUAUGCAUUGGCACCUAAGACCAAUCGUGGACGGAGAAUACUUUUCAGGACCGGAAACACUUGAUGUUGAUCCUCAAAGCUCUAGACAGUACGAACUCCGAUACGCUCCUCUUCUAAUGACUGGUGAGGGAAAGAAACAUUCCGGAUCUGUUUUCUUCCCUAUUCCAGAUGGUUCAGGUUUAUUAUACAAUCUACAAGGUUCAUCUGAAGCUCCAAAAAUCAGCGAACGCAUUCAACAAGAAAUCCCUUGUAAAACUUCGCACACAAUCAAAUUAAAUGUCAAAAAUUGGUUAAAGAGACCUCAAAGAUUCAAGAAAAAAAUAGAUUAUAUUAAACCAGAAAGACCUGAUCCAGGUACAAACAUAGAAGGUCUAGAAUACAUAGAUGUCCCAGCAGACUCUACUGGUGAAUAUCUACUGAAAUUCCAUACACAUAAAGAAGGAGUAACAACAAUUAAAGUAACAUUCAUAAACGAACAAUCUGGAGAGUAUCAGUAUAUGGAAGUCACCUUCCGAGCUCUGAAACCCGAUGUUAUUGGAACUAUAGAGUUAACAACUCCAGUAAGGGAACUUGUAGAACAAUCCAUCAAGUUGACAAAUCCGCUGGAUCAUACAGUCGUAUUUUCUGUAAAUCUUAUUGGAGUACCAUCUGACUUACUUCAUAUGCCUAAUCAACAAGCUGUUGGUCAUAAGAGUGAUAUGGACUUUACAAUUGAGUAUCGGCCUUUCGUCGUUGGUGAGCAUAAGGGUCGUCUCGAGUUUACCAGCAACGAGCUAGGUCUCUAUGCCUACGAUCUUAUAUUAAAGGCAACCGCUGCAGGUCCUCAGCCUGCUGUCUAUUUUAGAGCGGCAUUAGGAACAAAUCACUCCCAAACAGUAAAAUUUCUUCAUUAUGCCAAAGUCAAGGCAGAUUAUCAAUGUAAAGUUGACCAUCCCGAUUUCCAUGUCGACAAAGUUGUGUCGGCAGCACCAGGAUCUAUUUCCGGCACUGAGGUUAGCACUGAUGUAAUCUAUGAACCAUCUAGAAUAGGAGAUGUUAGAGCCGUUUUGAACGUCUCUAAUUCGGUUGGUGGAGAAUAUUCUUUCCCCCUCUUUGGAACAUGCGUACAAUCGAAACCCCAAGGUCCUUUUACAGUGAAAGCCGGAUCAACAACAUCAAUCAACUUCCGCAACGUUUUCAAUUCUCCUACAGCAUUCAUGUUCCAAGUAGAUCAUCCGAGAUUCCACGUCUCAAAGACAUCCGAAACUAUUCGAGCCCAUAAGGAUCACAGAGUCGUAGUUGGUUUCGACGGAAACGAGUCUGGAAGCAAGAACGUCGUCAUGGCAAAAUUAGUAAUCUCUUGCGCAAAAUCGGCCGGUGGUUCCACAAACGCUCAGUGGCUGUAUUACUUAAAGGGAAUUACACCUUAAACUAUUUAUCCUUUCCUUUACAUAUAAACAUUUUGUUUUCCUUUUUUUGGGACAAUUUUAUCAAUUAUUUUUUGAAUAAAUUAACUAAUUCUUAAAUAUUAUUGGCUUUUACAUCUUUACUAUACUAAUUAUCAUAUUCAUAUUCCUUAUCUACAAGACUGCAACACAAUAUAUACAUCUUAUAUAGAUAUCGACAUUUGCGUAUUGCAGUUUUCACCUGCAAAAGAAUAUUUUCCUUUUGAUAUUAAGUAAUUAAUGGUAAAAAGUAGCGACAGAUGAAAUAUUCAGUACUCUUUAACGUUUACUUUCUUAUUCUAAUUUUUAAAGUAGACGGCAUCUUCUCAAUAAGCUACUCUAAUCGCAAUCCAAAACGAAUAAAAUGUUACGAAUGCAACGUAUGGAAAGCUGGCUAUGGACAAUCUUGUCAACCUGCCAAUUCUACGACUAUUCGUAAGAAAAUGAUUAGAAAAGAUUGCGUAUCUUGUUUAUCGUUAAUUACGGAAGCUAGGGUAAACUAUUAUAAAAAUAUUCCUAGAGUUUCGAGAAUUGUCAGUAAAGCAUGUAUUCAAAGUGAGCAAAGUUAUUUUGGGAACGAAUGCCAAAUUUAUAUUAGCGGGGGAGGUUCAUAUACAAAAUGCUAUUGCAACUCUGAUUUAUGUAAUUCAGCUCCGAUGACAGAAAAGUGGUCUUUUGUUUACUUUUAUAUUUUUUAUUACCUGUUUAAAAAUAUAAUCUCUUAGUUAUUUUUGUUCUAUGUGUAAUUUCAAUAUUAAAUAAAUAACAUGUUGUAGCGGUCAAUUUUGUAAACAUCUUUUACAAAUAUUUUAGAUAAGGC